AUGAAAAAAAUAUCAACGUUGAUAUCAAUUUGUUUAUUUUCUUUCAUAUUAAUAACGACACUAAUACCCCAAUUUAAUGGCAAUUGUAAUUUUGGAGUAAAUGCACUUCCGCAAGGUACUAAAGCACCUAUAGCAACGCCUACCGCAACAACAUCAAAUCUAGAGACACCAAAUGCUUCCGCGGCACCAAAUGAUCCCGCAACAUCAAAUGUUCCCACAACACCAAAUGUCCCCACAACACCAAAUGUCCCCACAACACCAAAUACUCCAGUGGCAACACCUACAACAGAUCCAAAUAAUCCAGAUCCUCAAUCACCACCACCACCUGCAAAAACAAGUCAGCCACCGCCGCAACAAGAUCAACAACCUCCAGUAACACAAAUAACUACGUCACCACCAUCACCAUCCAAUGAACCACCAAUAACUAUAACUUUAACUAGCACGGUGGAUCCAUCAGAAUUACCUAAUUCAACCACUAAUCCAAGUUCUAAUUCAAAUCCUAGUUCAAAUCCUAGUUCAAAUCCUAGUCCAAAUCCAAAGAGUACUCCAAGUAAUACCAACAUUGGUGCUAGCAGUGAUAAUGGUGAUGGUAGUUCAACAAUUAAAACUGUAAUAAUAUCUAUUUCUGUACUUGGUGGUGUUAUUAUUAUAGCAGGUGCUAUCAUAGGUGCAUGGAAAUAUAAAAGUUCAAAUAAUGACUCGGUAGACGAUGAUGAAGUUGUGUUAAGGGAUAGCCAAGGUGGUAUCAUAGGUGAUCCAUUCAAAAGCACACUGGACAAAUAUCAUAAAAGUCAACAAUCACCAAUAUUAUUACACAAUCCACACUUAUUUCGCCUUGUGAUUGUUUCAGAAGAUAAAAUUGUAUUGGUUAAUUCCAAUGAUAAUAGUAUGGAGAUUAGAGAAGAUCCUUCCCAUUUGGAAAUAAUAACAACGAUAGUACUACCACUAGUUCAUAAUAAAGUUAAAUUUGAAACUACCGGUGACGUUGAUGUUGGUGACGAUGACGACUAUAAUAACAACAACAACAAUAAAUUAAUAAUUCAUCAUCGUAAACGGAUACGUGUUCGUCGUAACCGUAGAUCACUCUGUAGAAAAUCUUUCUCGAUUGACUUAAGUUCAUCGUCGUCGUCAUCAUCAACAAUGACAACAUCAACAAUCAAAGGUAAAGCUGUACUGACAAGUACAAUGAAGUUGAAAUGA